AUGUCGGAGAAUUCAAAGUCGGAGAAAUUGACGUUUGGCAGGUUGAUUAAAGAGAUUUUUAAUUGGUAUCCGUCGUCUUAUCCGAGUGAGGAGAGAAAACUUCUGUUCAAACUCGAUGUUUCUAUUUUGAUAUUUGCUUGUCUAUGCUUCUUCGUCAAGUAUCUGGACCAAACAAACAUCACCAAUGCCUACGUCAGCGGCCUCAAAGAAGACCUCAACCUCAAUGGAAACCAGCUCAACUAUUUCAAUGUCUGCUACUACACCGCAUAUGUGGUAUUCCAGGUUCCUGGUCUACUCUUGCUGUCGCGGCCAAGUUUAGCACGAUGGCUUCUUCCCGGCCUUGAAGUUCUCUGGGGUAUUUGUACAUUCGCCCAGAGUCGGGUUGCUACUGUUGGUCAACUCUACGCCCUUCGCUUCUUGGUUGGAGCGUUGGAAGCGCCUGUUUUUGCGGGAACCCACUUUAUCUUGGGAUCAUGGUACUCUGGCCCCGAACUCUACAAACGAGCCGGAAUGUGGUUUGUCUGCAAUCCACUCGGCUCGAUGGUCAGCGGAUAUCUCCAAGCAGCUGCAUACACCAAUUUAUCGGGUGUGUCAGGGAUGCCUGGCUGGCGAUGGCUGUUUAUCAUUGACGGCAUCUUUACUCUUCCCGUUGCACUGAUUGGGUUUGUUGUCUUUCCUGGAAUACCAGACUCACCGAGACCGUUUUACCUGACUGAAAACGACAUCACAUUGGCCAAGGAGAGGGCAAGACGAGCGAAUAUCCGUCGACCAGGAAAGCUAGGAUUGGAUGUGUUCAAGCGGUCGUUGAAGAGGUGGCAUAUUUGGGUGUUCAUCACCUGCUAUGCCUUCAUGAUCAUCUCCGCCUAUCCGAGUAGUUAUAUGAGUCUGUGGCUCAAGGCAGAGGGAUACUCGGUGACGCAGGUCAACAAUCUCCCAACUGUUAUUUAUGCGAUUCAGAUUGUUGCUUCGUGGCUGGGAUCGACUCUUGCUGCGAUUUAUCCAGGGUGGAUUAUCUAUACCAUCGUGUCGAUCUGCUGUUUGUUUUCGACAUUGUGCAUGAUUGUUUGGAAUAUUCCUACUGCUCUCAAAUUCGUCGCCUGGUAUCUCUUCGGUCUCUCGGGAUGCCUGAGUCCAAUCUUAUACUCGACAGUCAACACCAUCGUCAAAGAUGACUCAGAAGAACGAGCACUGAUUCUAGGCUCCAUGAUGACAUUCGGCUACUCAUUCAACAUCUGGGUCCCCCUUCUCCUCUUCCCCACUGCCGGUCCAGAUGGUGCCCCCAGAUGGAGAAAGGGAUGGCCGGUGACGUUUGUAUUCUACUUUCUGCUUUGGGCCGGGUUUGUCGCUUCAAUUGUCAUUCACAGACGGUGA